AUGGCAUUCAGCUUCGCAAAUGCGGGCAUGGGCGGCUCCCCUGCAGCGAACGUACAAGCCGGUCCUCCUCUUGAAGAUAUACAAACAGAGGCCCUUGGUUUCUUGUCAUUUGCAGGAGAGGCUAAGGUUCAGUUAUUGCCCACAUCAUGGCCUUCAGAUCAGCUACCCCCGCCAACGUCUUCUCUCAUGAGCAUAGCCUCACAACGAGGUCUCGUGGCUGCUUCAGGACCCGAUGCUGUCAUAGUAGCAACUACAGAGUCGGUACGGAAAGCUUUCGAGGGUCCGAACUCAGGAGAUGGCAACCUAAAGCCCUUUCAACCACAAUUAAAGCUGCCAAUGCCCAUGAGAGUAUCGCAGCUCGCAUUUUCAGCAGAUGAAUCCUACCUGGUACUGUCGGCCGAGACUGGAGGAGGGUUGGCAGUGUAUGACGUUCAGGCGCUCUUGCAGGGUUCUACACAGUCGGCUUUCGAGUUAUCAACCAACGGACAAGCUUUGCGAGCUCUUACGCCCAAUCCAACACCAGAGAAGGGAGAGCUGUUGGCUCUAGUUACGACUGACGGUAAUUUAAUGAUGGCCAAUUUGAAGGAGCGGAAGUUUGUAGCUGGGCCGAACGGACAGGUAUUGAAAACUGGAGUGAGUUGCGUUUCCUGGAGCCCCAAAGGCAAGCAGCUAGUUGCUGGACUCGGAGAUGGAACCGCGUACCAGAUGACCCCUGAGGGCGGAGCCAAAGCAGAGAUUCCUAGACCACCAGAUGUGGACAGGGGCGAUCACGUUUCUUCCAUCACUUGGCUUGAAACUCUUGUUUUCCUCGUAGUUCAUACUCCGUCUUCCUUCGACAAUAGCCAAGCAUCAAAUUCAACCUUCCACCUAAUCACCCGGCAGCUUCCUUCGAGCUUUACAUUUCAAAAGGUGUCCGAUCCUGCCGGCCCCUUUGGCCUCAAUCGAUCACCCCCACAUCACUUCCUGCUUCGUCUCAAGGACUUCCCACCAAACCUGCAGGAUGUAAUACUGGUGGCUUCAACCGCAUCUACUGAUAUUGGCCUAUUCACCAAGUCUAAAGUUCCUUUGACCAGCGACAAGCCAGCAGACAAGAUUACAGACGUUUUUACUAUGACGGAAAUGUCUGAUGAUUCUCGCCGUGCUCAACUCCCCAUGACUGCCGAGUUGACCGACACGUCUCCUAUUGGAUUUGCGUUGGACUUAUCUAGUAAGGAAAAGGUGGCCAAGCCAAUUCCAGCAGAUGAGAUGGACGAAUCACCAACUCCGCUUCCUGCUCUUAUGGUUCUCAACAAUGAAGGAGUUUUGGCCUCGUGGUGGGUCAUCUACUCUGAAUCGAUACGGCAAGGAACCGUAUACCCUGGUCUUGCCAUUGCAGGAGGUACUGCACAGCCUACGCAGGCCCCCCCUGCAGCAAUCCAAGCUCCAACAUCUGCGUUUGGCGCACCAAGCACCCCCGCAUUCGGGGCAUCUGCCUUUGGCAGUGCCUUUGGUGGCCCAUCUACUCUUGGGAAGAGUCAGUCUCCAUGGGGCACACCUUCCACCUCAACUGCCCCAUCCACCAACAGUUUUGGAACAUUCGGUUCAACGCCAUCGGAAGCACCGAAGCCCGCAUUUGGUGCUCCAUCAUUUGGCACUACCAGCACGCCUUCCUUCGGGGGACUUGGAAAUCGAGUGUCACCUUGGGCUACUGGAGGGUCAACUGCCCCAAAUGCAGCAUUUGGCCAAGCCGGUGGUCUCCCUAAGCCAACUUCAGUCUUUGGUGCACCGGCUUCAACAAAAAGUACUCCAGCUCAAUCCUCUGGGUUUGCUGCGUUCGCUUCAAAGGGCGGCUUUGCUGCCGCCGCUGGAGCGGCUACCAGUCCAACUGGAAGCGUAUUUGGUUCGAAACCUACUUCGAACGCUUUUGGCUCGCCGAGCGCUGGUUCCAUGAACACAGGCAAUGUCUUCGGCGGAACCGCAAAUAAGGUAGAGAGCAAGCCGACCUUUGGGUCUAGUGGUUUUGUACUCGGGUCGACAUUCAAGGCCGAUCCAAACGCAAAGGAUGAUGUUGCCGGAACAUCAGGUGAGCCUAAGGACUCAUUCUUUGGAGGCGGGUUCAGCAAUACUCUUGGAGAUUCAUCUAAAAAUGUUGAAGCUCCGGUGUCUAAGGAGACUGAAAUGGACUCGGGUGAAGCCCCAAAAACAGAAGUGCCAGCAAAAAUCGAAACUACAACACCAUCAUCUACGCCAGCUGCACCGAAAACCCAGUUAUUUGGAUCCACCACUCCCGCCACUGGGCUCUUUGGCACUCCCGCAACCUCAUCCACCCCUACGGCUAAACCUGCAUUGGCAGGAUUCAGUUUCGGCCAACAAACUGCUGAUAAACCACAGACAGCAGGAUUCAGUUUCGCCAAUCUGAAUGCAGCUCCCUCUAUUGCUCCAAACACGCCUACAACCGCAGGUCCUGAGCCGUCGUCCAAGCCAGAUAUUCCAGAGGCUCCUCUACCCCCCGACUCAACAAGUAAAACAAGCUAUGCCGCAGGGGAAUCAUCAGCUUCAUCUGUUGAACCCGAUGCGCCUCUCCCUCCCGACUUCAUUCCCAAAGCUGCUGUCAAAGCUGCCCAACAUCCAGAGUCUCCAAUCACAGGAAAGGCCGCCGAGAAGCCAGUUCCGGCAAAUCUCCCUCCUCCCGCCGAUAUCCCUGCCGGACCAGAGGACGAAGGAGACAAUGAGUCUGAAUUCCUAACAGAAGAGGAAGGGGAGGACGAGAGUAAAGAACCCAGCGAGGAGGGAAGCGGCGAAGAUGUAACCAAGGACAUGAGCCCUACAUCGGAAGCUAACCAGACGCCUGGUUUCACACCGCAGAGCUCCUUUGGCGGAACGAAGAAUCGUGGUUCAGAGAGUAAUAUGUUCACCAAAAUUGAGAGGCCGGGUGAGGUGCAACCACAGCGGUCACUGUUUGGUGAGAUCAAUCGUUCCACUGCUCCCAUUCUCCCACCCCCGAGAGUGCAACAAAGUCCUCGAUCACCAAGCCCCGUACGCACUUCUGUACCCCCUAGAAUGCGUCCUGAUGCAUCCCGCUCCGUCAGUGCUCCAGGUGCUGCUUUUCAAGCUUCUCAAAUUUUAGGAUCUCAGAGAAUUGGAGGUCGGUCAAUGAUGUCUACACAAAAUCUGCACGCUGCGUCUCGGGAUGGAGCCGAACAGCAAGCGGAAGCCAGGCGCCGUGAAAACAGAGCUCGGAAAGAGGAGGAAGAGACGCGAAGUCUUCAAGACGAUGAGGAUGACAAGAUGCAAACAUAUCUUGCCUCAGAUAUCAAGCCUACUUUAACACUGGAUGAGUUUGUUGCCCAUGCGGAUUACGUUGGUAAUAAAUCUAUGGAGAGCAUACCAGCACAGGUCGAGGCCGUGUACAAAGACAUUAACUCGAUGAUCGAUACAUUAGGCGUUAAUGCUCGGGCUCUCAAGUGCUUCGCAGAAGGGCAUGACGUUCUUUCCAAGGACGAGGGCCGUACCAUCCAGGAUCUCGACGAGGGUAUAGGAGAGUGGUGCUUGGUUGAGGUCGAGGAGCUAUCCAGACUCGUUGAAGUCGAAUUUACUCAGGAACUCGAAGAGUGCCGGGUAAAAGACUUGGUUGCUAAACUCGAUGCCUGCAACGACCUACAGAAAGAUAUGAUCAGGCUUCGUGCAAAACAUGAAGAUAUCAAGAAGAUCAUUGAUUGCUAUCGAGACCCAAGCCAUCUAGCAAUUGCUCGGGGACAACCUUUGAGCGCUGAACAGGCUGCCCAGCAACAUGAUCUUCGCAGGGACUUCACGAAAUUCCAGAAGCUUCUUACUGAAGCCGAGGAAAGUGUGACUGUUCUGAAAGCAAAGAUUGUAUCUCAAGCCACGUCUCAUGGGAAAAGCAACGGCUCGGCGGGUCCUACGGUGGAGGCUGUGAUGAGAACGAUUGCGAAGAUGACAAGUAUGGCGGAGAAACGAAGUGGCGACAUUGAUGUUCUGGAAGGCCAGAUGCGCCGGCUACGAUUCAGCUCAACAACCAGUGCGGGAAGCCGGGAAGGCUCACCUUUCGCAACUCCGCAGAACAACAGGACUUCGCUAAGGAACCCGGGGACAUCGAGUACGUACGGGCUCUUUUACACUCCCGACAGUAUCAAAGACACCCCACAGCGAUUCCAGAAUUCGCUGAUGUCAUCGGUUGGCUCUCAGUCUCGAAACUCUCCACCUCGCAAGAAACUGAGUGGCUAUACAGCCGAGGAAAAGACUCUCCUCAAGUUGAAGUUGGCGAGAAAGAAGGAAGUUACGAAUAAGUUGAGGACAGCUUUGCAAAAGAAUGGAACGAACGUUCGCCUUAUGGUUGAUGAGGAUGAUGACUAA